UGUCAUAAUUUCCUGGCUUUUUUUUAAGAGCUUGCUAAGUAUAAAUAGCUUCCACAGAACCACUGGGACCUGACAUGGUAGAGAAGUCUUAGGACUUCGUUGUUGACCUUUGUGGCUCUGUCUAGACAAUAUCACUGACCCUCACUGGAUUUGAGAAGUUGGCAGAUCAAAUCAAAAAAUGAUGUCAAACUGCUGCAGUCAAAUCAUCUUUCUCAUGUGUCUCCUGAAUGUUGUAAAGAUCAGAGCCCAGUGUGAGGUACCCAGAGCAGGGGAUCAACGAAUUUUGACUCCUGAAUCAAUCAAACUGACUUACUCAGAUGGAGACACUGCAACAUUCCAGUGUUCAGUUGGUUAUAAGCCUGCAUCUUUGAGAGGUUCCAGAACUAUUACCUGCUCUGGAAACAAGUGGGACUACAGUAAACUGAAAUUUCAGUGCACAAAAAAAAGUUGUAGACCUCUUCCAGACUUUGCCAAUGGGAGAUAUACUUAUUCUCCAGAAGGAGCUGAAGGAGUUUUAUUUGGUGCGACAGCCACAGCACAGUGUAAAGAAGGCUUUCGGCUUCUUCGAUACACAGCUAGACGUUGUCUAGAUGCUGGUUGGGAUGGGAGAGAGCCUGUCUGUGAAGUGAUCAAGUGUCCUCCACCUCCUGAGAUACUGAAUGGACAGUCUGAGGAGACGCUUCUAGACGAGUAUGACUAUGAACAGGCUGUCACUUACGUUUGUAAUGCAGGUUAUACUCUUUUUGGAGAUUCAACAGUAUCAUGCUCUAAAAAUGGAAUCUUUGAACCUUCUCCUCCUGAAUGUAUAAAGGUGUCCUGUGAUCCACCCUCCCUUCCGAAUGGCAAAAGAGUUCAUGGAAGACCACCCUAUAGAUUUAAAAGCACUAUAGAGUUUGCUUGUAAUCCUGGCUUUAAGAUGGUGGGAUCUCCUUCCCUAGUGUGUGAGAGAAAUGGAUGGAACUCACCUCCUCCAAACUGCACUGUAAAAAGCUGUGGAGCUCUUCCAGACUUUGCCAAUGGGAGAUAUACUUAUUCUCCAGAAGGAGCUAAAGGAGUUUUAUUUGGUGCGACAGCCACAGCACAGUGUGAUGAAGGCUUUCGGCUUCUUCAAUACCCAGUUAGACAUUGUCUAGAUGCUGGUUGGGAUGGGAGAGAGCCUGUCUGUGAAGUGAUCAAGUGUCCUCCACCUCCUGAGAUACCGAAUGGACAGCCUGAGGAGCCACGUCUAUACGAGUAUGACUAUGAACAGAAAGUCACUUACGUUUGUAAUGCAGGUUAUACUCUUUUUGGAGAUUCAACAGUAUCAUGCUCUAACAGUGGAACUUUUGAACCUUCUCCUCCUGAAUGUAUAAAAAAAAGCUGUGGAGCUCUUCCAGACUUUGCCAAUGGGAGAUAUACUUAUUCUCCAGAAGGAGCUGAAGGAGUUUUAUUUGGUGCAACAGCCACAGCACAGUGUGAUGAAGGCUUUCGGCUUCUUCAAUUCACAGCUAGACAUUGUCUAGAUGCUGGUUGGGAUGGGAGAGAGCCUGUCUGUGAAGCUCAGUGUGAGAAACCCAGUGCAGGGCAUAACAGAGUUUUGACUCCUGAAUCAAACAAAUCGACUUACUCAGAUGGAGACAUUGCAACAUUCCAGUGUUCACCUGGUUAUGAGCCUGCAGAUCCAGAAGUUUCCACAACUAUUACCUGCUCUGGAAACAAGUGGGAUUACAGUUCACUGAAACUUCAAUGCACAUGCGAAAAACUGAAAGUCACCUUAAGCCUAACUGCACAAAUGCUAGAGAUCGAGAGGGAGAAGCUGGAGUUGUACAGGGAGAGACUGGCAGUUGAGAAGGAGAGGCUGCAGCUGGACAGAGACAGACUGGAAGUGGAAAAGUCUUCACUGGCGUUGUGCAAAAAAGCAGAGCAAAAAACUGAAAGUCACCUCAAGCCCAACUGCACAACUGCUGGAGAUCGAGAGGGAGAAGCUGGAGUUGUACAGGAAGAGACUGGCAGUUGAGAAGGAGAGGCUGCAGCUGGACAGAGACAGACUGGAAGUGGAAAAGUCUUCACUGACGUUGUGCAAAAAAGCACAGUGAGGAAUUUAAAACAUUUUAAUGUUUGAUUUUAUGGAUCUUAUUUUUUAUUCUCUGCUUUAUUGAUUAUUAUCUGAUCAUCAUUAUACAUGGCUGUUUAAUGAUUACCACUGAAUAACUGAAUGAGCUAUAUCAAUUAAACACUUAUUUACUUA